UUUAUUAUUCGUGGUCUGUGUUCGUGGUCUGUGAACUUGAUUAGAUAAACAUUGCAAUUUUAAGAUUUCAAUCGAUAAAAUAGCAAAAAAUGCCUCUCAUCAUAAUUUGCGGCACACCAGUUAGUGGCAAAACAACCAGGGCUAUAGAACUGAAACAGUUUUUCGAGAACGAACAUGAAAAACAUGUGGAAAUCGUCUCGGAAGACGAAGCCAUUGUAAAGUUAGGUUACGAUAAGAAUUCGACGUAUUUGGACUCCCAAAAGGAGAAGAGGAUCCGUGGUUACCUUAAAUCUGAAGUUAUACGGCUCAUUGGUAAAGACAAUGUGGUUAUUUUGGAUGGAAGCAACUACAUAAAAGGUUAUCGCUAUGAGUUAUACUGCGCUUCGAAAGCAUCAAAAUCAACUCAAUGUACAGUAUACACUAUACGGAACCAACUAGAAGCUUGGGAAGAAAAUGUAUUGAGGCUUGACGUUAAGGAAAACAAUCCAAAUGAACCCUGUGAUUUGAAUAACCAACCGUACACUGAAGAGGUGUUCAAUGCUCUAACAAAGUUCAGAUUUGAGGAGCCGAACUCAAACAACAGAUGGGAUAGCCCCCUGUUCACAGUGCAGCCUGCCCACCAAAUAGACCUCCAUGCUAUAUACAAAGUGCUGUUUGAGAAGAAACCACCACCGCCCAACAUGAGCACACAGAACGGAAAAGGUCGACCCUUAUCCAAAAUUGAGACAAAAUGUCUCCUACGAUUAAUCGAAUCCAGCAACAUCAUAGCACGUAAGAGCACUGAUGCUGCAACCAAUCAAAUGAAGCUGGAAGAGUGGAAGAAGAUCGCAGAAGCAUUUAACGCCAAGACAGUAUGGCGGCGUAGUCCACAGCAGUUGAGACUGAAAUGGGAGAAUUUGAAGAAGUGUUCCCGGAAGCGCAGUUUGAGAAUCAAGAUGAACCACCAGAUGGGUCCUGAUGAAGAAUACAUCCCACCAGAUGAUAUUCUCGACAGAGUCGCGAAAUUACUGGACAGGCCAUAUGGGGGUGACGCGGAGUUGGAUGGGUUACCGAACCCAUCCAUGUCCGCGUCUCUGCCGGAUGUGGAUGAGUUUAUAACCGGAAAUAUCCGGCUGCAAAUGGAUGAGCCGGUCAUGGAGUUUGUGGAUGUGGAAACCCGAGAACAACCGAAGGAACCGACGUGCUCUUGUCAUGAAAGCUUAUGUGGAAAACGAAAAUGCAAAGACGACUGGUCGGCGGCGCGCAAUCAAGCCCUGGCAGAGUACUAUACUACCAAGAAAAAAUACUUGGACGCUAAAAUGGACCAUAUUGUAUUACAAAAUAAAAAGCUCAAAUUAGAAAUGGAAAUUUUGAAAAAAGGAAUCGUCAACUCCAUUUAAUGUGAAACUUUUGAAGUUAUCAUCAUCAUGAUCAACCCAUUUCCGCCCCACUACUGAGUACGGGUCUCCUCUCAGAAUGAGAAGGGUUUAGGCCAUAGU